AUGGAUUUUAUUCAGUGUCACUCCGACCAUACAUGCUUCAUUCGUCGUCAACCCAAUGGGCGAUGUAUUAUUUUGUUGGUCUAUGUGGAUGAUAUCAUCCUUACAGGAGAUGACUCCAUUGGUAUUGCUAAGGUAAAACAGGGGCUUAGUCGAGUAUUUGACAUCAAGGACUUGGGUCCUCUCAAAUAUUUCUUGGGAAUUGAAGUGGCUCAUUCUUGCAGUGGGAUAUCAUUAUCCCAAUGGAAGUAUACUUUAGAUCUUCUUCGGGACACCAGUAUGAUGAGGUGCAAGUCUGCAUCUACUCCUAUGGAUCUAAAUUUGAAACUUUCGCCUGAGUCUGGUGAGUUGCUUUCUGAUCCAUCUCGUUACCAGAGAUUGGUAGGACGUUUGAUCUAUUUGACUAAUACACGCCUAGAUUUGACAUUUACUGUGAGUGUGGUUAGUCAGUUUAUGCAUUCACCUCGUACUGCUUACCUUGAUGUUGUUCACCAUAUCUUGAGAUAUCUCAAGUCAUGUCCAGGUUUGGGUUUAUUCUUCAAUGGUGGGAUUCAGACAGGAUUGUCCUGUUUUACUAAUGUAGACUAUGCAUGUUCAUUGAUUGAUAGACGUUCCACUUCUGGGGUAUGCACUUUCCUUGGUACCCAUCUUCUGUCAUGGAAAAGCAAAAGACAAGCAAUUGUUUCCCGAUCAUCUGCUGAAGUUGAGUACCGAGCCAUGGCCCAUGGGACAUGUGAGUUAUUAUGGCUUUGGUCCAUUCUUACUGAGUUAGGCUUUGAGGAGAAUAAUUCCUCCAAGCUAUUUUGUGACAAUAAGUCUGCCAUCUUACUUGCCUCUGACUUUGUGCUUCAUGAGCGUACUAAGCAUAUUGAAGUUGAUAUUCAUUUCAUCCUGGAAAAGGUUCGAGCUGACAUUGUAUGUCCCUCAUUUGUUCCAUCUUCUGAUUCGACUACCGACAUCUUCACCAAAUCUAUCGGACCAUCCCUACUUUUAUCUUCCAUUGGCAAACUGGGUUUGGUUGACAUCUUUGAUCCAGCUUGA